CCACUGCCCUGUGUGAAGGGGGAGUAAUCCAAUAAAGAGGAGAGACAGAAUCGCCCCUCUGUGUCUUCCUCAGAUACUAAAUCCAAAGCAACAGAGGAACUGAGCACAGCUCAGCACUGCAUCAAAUACAGCUGUUGUUGGACCCAAAAUGGCAGAACGCUAUGAUUGUCACUACUGCAAGGAGUCCCUGUUUGGGAGUAAGUACGUUCUGCGAGAAGAGAACCCCUACUGUGUGAAGUGCUACAACAGCCUUUACUCCAACACCUGCGAGGAGUGCAAGAAACCCAUUGGCUGCGACAGCAGGGAUCUUUCCUACAAGGACCGCCACUGGCACAGUGACUGCUUCCAAUGCUUCACGUGUAGACGCUCCAUAGCGGACAAACCAUUCUCAACCAAGGAUGAGCAGCUGCUCUGCACCGAGUGCUACGCUAACGAGUAUUCAUCUAAGUGCCAUGAGUGCAAGAAGACCAUCAUGCCUGGUUCGAGGAAAAUGGAGCACAAGGGCAACAGCUGGCAUGAGACAUGCUUCGCCUGUCAGCGUUGCCAGCAGCCUAUCGGCACCAAGAGCUUCAUCCCAAAAGACAACAGCAACUACUGUGUGCCCUGUUACGAGAAGCAGUUUGCCUUCCAGUGUGUGCAGUGCAAGAAGCCAAUCACCACUGGAGGUGUGACUUACCAUGAGCAGCCAUGGCAUAAAGACUGCUUGCUGUGCACGGGCUGCAAGGAGCAGUUGGCUGGCCAGCGCUUUACUUCUCGUGAUGGCUUCCCUUACUGCCUCACCUGUUUCUGCAACCUUCAUGCUAAGAAGUGUGCCUCCUGUACCAGCCCUAUCAGUGGUUUGGGUGGAAGCAAGUAUAUCUCCUUCGAGGAGCGCCAGUGGCACCAUGACUGCUUCAACUGCACAAAGUGCGCUGUGUCCUUGGUGGGUCGUGGCUUCCUGACUGAGAGGGACAACAUCCUGUGUCCUGACUGUGGCAAAGACAUCUGAGCACUGACCAUCUGAGCGGAAAAGCAGCUGACGGCAUGAGAUAAUAGGUAGCUGAUGUCAUAUGACUAUUUUAAUCUAACCAGCCUAACAUUUUGUCAAACUUUUCACUGACACAUCUAAUCUGAUUGAGUGAUUCAUAUGUACAUUAUUUUAAACUAGAUAACUGUGUUAUUAUAUCAUUAUGGUAAUAUAAGGUGGAAACUCAUGAGGCUGGUUAACCAAACCAAAGUAGUACAUGCUGUGUGAAAGGCUUUAUGCUGACUCUAAAGACUAUUUUGAUUUAUGAUAUUGCAGAUUUCUGUAGACAUAACACUGAAAUGGACUAAUAGCAUGAUUCUGUGACUACUUCUGCAAAAUUAAGAGGUAUCUGUAUGUUAUGGCUGUUAAUAAAAUGGUAAAAAAAAAAA